CGGGGGAAGCUUAGCCUGUAGAUUGUUUACUUUGAGCAAACUAUAUGGUAGUGGACUCUGACUUAGUUGAAAGAGAACAACCUCCCCAUUUGCUGGUGAUACUUUCUAGAAUCUCAUACCUCCGUGUACAUGACCACUUUUUGUUCAGCCACAGUUAUCAAAGAAAGUCUUACAGUUCAAGGCCCUGUUAUACUUGCAUGGUCAUAAAAGACACUGCAAGCAGCUUUAAUGUACCCGAUACAUAUGAUAUGGACGGAAGAAUCUGCCAACUAGAUGCAACUAACGGCAGAAGCCAUGCAGUUGUGGCAGCUGGACCCAUUCACCAUGGGGCGUUUGUUGAUUAUCUUACCAACUGUGGCUCGAUCUGUAAGAACGUCGACCAAAACAAAAAAAGCUUGAUUCUUCAAGAUCAACGGCAUCGGUAUAGCUGAUGAGAUAACGGUCCCUGACAUUUGGAGACUGGUCCAGAUCCCCUCAAACGUCACACUGAGAGAUUAUGUUCCCCAACACGGGUUGCUUGCAAGUCACGGAGCAGCGAGGACAGGCCACAGAUAUUAUCCACAGUGCUUCAACCUGCAGAUUACUAUUGGAAACCUCGGGAUUCCCGGCGUUCUAGGCACGGAACUGUGGACGCCUAUCUACAGAUCGCGGGAUCCUCGUCCAUCUCUACUCCGUACCAGUCGCUGUCAACGUAGAUACGAGGUCCCUGGAUCGUCUAUGUUCCCAAAAGCGGCUUCCGUUAUCCAACCAAGCUCCACAAUCACCGUGUCUGGCACG